AAACGCGUCUGCUUUAAUGAAAUAAAUACGUGUACCUUGAUCUAUUUUUUUUACGUUUAUCAGUGAAGUAUAUAAUUUAUGCACUGAUAAGAGUACUUUUAUAUUUUCAAGGUAACUGAAAUCUGGAAUAUUUUGCACAGAGUCAAUGGCUACAUCAGAAGAAAGGCUUGCCUUGUUUAAGGCGGAGUACCCUCACACAGAUAAUGUUUCCUUGACCGGGGCAGAUCUGGGUGUGGUGGCCGGAUACUUUGUUAUCAUCAUUGCCAUAGGAGUUGUGGCAAUGUGCAGGUCUAAUAGAAGCACAGUUGGUGGGUUCUUUCUCGCAGGAAGAUCUAUGUUCUUCUUACCUAUUGGUGCUUCACUGUUUGUCAGUAACAUCGGAACUGAACAUUUUAUAGGUCUUUCCGGCUCGGGUGCUGCACAGGGUAUUGGUGUUGGAGCAUGGGAAUUUAAUGCAAUCCUACUCUUACAGUUACUCGGCUGGAUAUUUAUCCCCGUGUACAUUGCAUGUGGGACGUACACGAUGCCUGAAUACCUUACAAAAAGAUUUGGCGGUGAAAGGCUGCGGGUUUACUUUGCAUUACUAUCUCUAAUUUUAUAUAUAUUCACAAAAUGUUCUGGCGAUCUUUUCACUGGGGCAUUGUUUAUACAGCAGUCACUAAAAUGGGAUUUAUAUUUAUGUAUAUUUAUCCUAGUUACUGUUACUGGAAUAAUGACCAUGACAGGUGGUUUGACCGCUGUUAUAUAUACAGACACCAUGCAGGCCAUACUGAUGGUUGGUGGCGGUCUUACUUUGAUGGCAAUGAGUUUCUCAAAGAUCGGUGGGUAUGACGGGCUUGCCCGAAAAUACCCGAAUGCAACUACAAAGAUGACGUAUAGAAUGCCAAACACCACGUGUCACGAGACAGACCCGAACUCGUUCCGGAUGUUACGUGAAGCAGACGACGACUAUAUGCCGUGGUUAGGGUUUCUGUUUGGACAGACGCCGGGGUCUAUUUGGUACUGGUGUGCCGAUCAGGUGAUUGUACAGCGCCUGCUAGCGGCCAAGAGUUUGUCACAUGCUCAAGGAGCCACACUGAUGGCCGGCUUUAUAAAAGUUUUACCAUUAUUUAUGAUGGUGAUGCCGGGGAUGAUCAGCAGAGUUCUCUACGCUGACGAAGUUGCAUGUGUUGACCCACAAAUAUGUAACUAUGUUUGUCAAAGCGAGGCUGGAUGUAGCAGUAUAGCUUAUCCGAGGCUUGUCCUCGGUAUCAUGCCAGAAGGUUUACGUGGUCUUAUGAUGGCGGUGAUGAUAGCGGCUCUUAUGAGUGACCUUGACUCGAUCUUUAACAGCGCCAGUACCCUGUUCACUGUUGAUGUUUAUACUAAAAUAAGAAAGAACUGUUCUCAAAGAGAACAAAUGCUUGUGGGCAGACUAUUCAUACUCAUCAUGGUGGGCGGAGCAUUCUGGGCGUUGAUGUUGGCUUUUCUAACUGGUGUUAUACGGAUGAUCUUGGCAUUUGUAUACUACAGUAGUGGAGGCUGUGGUAAAGAUGACAAUCGUCCCGCCAUCUUGAAGAACUUUCAUUACAUGUAUUUCUCGUUAUUCAUCACACUGUUGACUGGUGUGACGGCUAUUGUCAUCAGUUAUUUUACCGGCAGACCUCAUGAAAAAUACACACCAGGAAACCAUAGUGACAAUCCCUAA